AUGGAGUUUCUUGAAUGUAUUAAACUUUAUGCUAACAAACCAGCAAAUUCUGUAGUCAAUUCAGCAACAGAUAAAUCUGACGUAGUCGAUUGGAACGAACGAUUACAAACUGUGCGACGUUCAAUUAUAGAUCAAUUAAGUCGAUUGAAAAUUGAAGAAGUAGGCCUACGAGAUUUAGCUUUGAAAAAUGUUCAGAACAAACCUACACAGUCGACUAUAGCAGUUUCAACAACUAAUUCCAAUCAACAGAACUCAAUUACGAAUAGCGGAAAACGCUUUUGUACAAUGGCAACAAAUAACUUCGAUGUUGAAGUCAUAAAUCAAACUGAACUUGAUCUUGAUUCAUAA